AAAUAAUAAGUAUUGGCAUGAAUGUUCUGAUCUCAAUUAAUAUGACAACUAACCUUUCCCUUGAACGUAUACGGCCGUUCAGGUGGCCGAAAAUUCUGCGUGAUAUUUGGAAAGAAAAAUGGAAUUCAUAAAGCACCGAUCUGCAAAGAUUUCAACCAAGUUGAAUUUUACGGAACUUCUUCAGCUCAGCUGAGCAUAGGAUCGUGCUUCCGUGUCCAGCUCUGCUGGUUUUGAAACCGCGGCAUGUCAGCUCCUCCUGCACCUGGGAGCUUGAACGCUUCCGAGGUCAAUAUUUUUGGUCUACAUCAGUAUGAUGGAGCCACCGCAUUCUUCACAGGCGACUUCCUCUUGCCGCAGGCUGCCGGCUGGGCCAUUGUCCUGUGCUUCGGGGCGUUGUUUGCACUUCUUGCAAUCCUGCUGGUCUGGGUGGAUGUCACAUACUCUGGAGCGGUCUACAAUUCUGAACAAUUCAAUACAGCAGGCAGGAGCAUAGGGACCGGGCUGCUGGCUGUGGACAUCGUCAGCCACUGGACUUGGGCCUCCAUCCUCCUGCAGAGUGUCACCUACGGUUUUUUCUAUGGCGCCACAGGCUCCUACUGGAUUGUGUCUGGGGCGAUGUGCGUGUGGCUGUUUGCUGUGGUGGCUCUUGAGCUCAAGUACAGAGCGCCGCACGCGCACACCAUGCUGGAAAUAGUGGAGGUCAAGUGGGGCAAGGCGUCGCAUGUGGUGUUCUUUGUGUUUGCGGUGGUCACCAAUCUGCUGGUGUCAACCUCCAUGCUGCAAGGCUGCGUCGCCGUGGUGAACGCUCUCACAGGAGUCAACUCUUAUGCGAUGGCGUUCAUAAUUCCGAUCACAACGAUGGUCUACGCGGCAGUGGGGGGCCUGAAAGCCACCUUCACAACGUCCUACAUGCACACGGUCAUCAUCUUUGUGGUCUGCGUGUUCUUCAUGUUCCAAGUCUACGUGCCAAACAACUUCUUUGGAGGCAUCGACGACGUGCAUGACAGGCUCGUGCAGAUGGCUUCAUACUUCCCAGUGGCCGACCAGAAGGAUGGCAGCUACCUCACCAUUACCUCUGACUCCGGCAUCCAGUUCAUGUUCAUCUUCUUCCUCAGCGGCCUCUCUCAAAUGCUGGUGGACCAGUCUUACUGGCAGAGCGCCAUCGCUGCAAAGCCGACUGCAGCUGCCAAGGGCUACUUCCUGGCAUCGUUUCUGUUUCUGGCCAUUGUCUUCUCACUGCCAAUCUGCCUCGGACUGGGAGCUCUGGCUCUCAACCUGCCGCUGAGCGUGGGAGAGGCGCUGUCAGGCCUUGUCAUGCCGGCCUCGGCCUAUGUGCUGAUCGGGCCGGCAGGCGCGGUGCUAGUAGUCAUCAUCUGCUUCAUGGCUGUGACUUCCAGUGGCGCUUCAGAGAUGGUCGCCAUCAGCUCUCUGUUCACUUUCGAUGCGCUGGGCCCGAGGCUGAUCCUGGUGUCACGGUUGGGCGUUGUGGUGUGGUCCAUCAUCAUGGGCAUAGCCCUCACAGUCGUUCAGGUUGCCAACAUCAACAUAGUGCUGCUGAUCAACAGCAUUGGAGUUUUCAGCGGUGGAGCGGUUCCCCCGCUCCUGUUUGUGCUGGUGUGGCGCGGCUGCACCGGCCCGGCCGCCACCACCGGUGCUGUGGUGGGCAGCGCGUGCGGCAUAGCAUCGUGGCUGGCAUAUGCAAAGAUCGGCUUUGGGGAAAUUACAGUGGACACUACAGGCUUGAACAUGCCUCUGCUCACCGGCAACGUGGUGUCCCUUGGACUGUCUCUGUUGAUUACUGUUGUGGGGAGCCUGGCGUUCCCGGACAAGACCCCCUUCAACUGGGAGGAGCUCAACAAGAAGAUCACCAAGACAGAGGACACGGUGACUCGCCCCGGCGCGAUCGACCCAUCAGUCAUCGAAGUGGAAGAGGACCGAGAAACCAUCGGCCGCUACCGGCGACACAUCUGGAUCGCAACCAUCGCCGGCUACCUCGCAGUCUUCAUUCUGUGGCCUUGCCUGAUGGCGCCGGCCGGGGGAACCUGGAGCAUCGGAUACUUUAGGUUCUAUGUUGUGCUGGCGUUCAUCUUCAUCAUUGUGGCGAGUCUGAUUGGCAUCUUCCUGCCUCUGUGGGAAGCCCGCGGCCUCUUCCUCAAGGUGCUGACGGGCUCCAAGUUCAAGGACUUGCUGGAAAAGAGCUUCCGUGGAUCAUCCCACGGGAAGAGCAGUGCAGCGACAGCUGAGAAUGCACCAGUCACAAAGCCUUGACUGAGCAAUUCACAUCAAAGCUCCAGUGUUUGACUAUUUUUAUUACAUUUUAGAGGCCUUUUGGGAGCCACCUCAGGCUCAUUGAAGGUCUUUGAAGGACCUUUGAUGAAGGAAUGCCACGCUGCACACUGCAAGCCUUGCAGGCAUAAGGGAGUAAGAGAGGAGGGAGAACGACUGUAAUUUUCUGCUCCCCUUGGCAAAAUCAACAAAUGUCACAAAGAAGUUGGCCCAGCCAAUGAAACAUGAGAAAUUUGGAGAGCUGGGUGUUCUAGUGGGGGAUUAACAUCUGCUGAAGGCUGCAUUAGCCACUCAGCCGUCUUUAAUUGUGUUUUGCGAUGGGUACUUCUCUGGAAUUUCUUCCAGUUAUCGCUCAGCUGUGUGAUUCAAUGCUGCAGGGCAACAUCCAAACACUUCUUCACUUCUCUGUGCUGUCCAUCCUGCCAGUUAGACCUGCUUUUCAUGCUUCAGUGAAGCAGUCGGCGUGUGUAGCCAAAAUUAACCAUGACUCAAGAUUUAUGUGUGUGGUUGCCUCUGCUUCUGCUUGAUUUAGAAGGAUUGCGGCCGUGUUUCAUCAGCAAUUUUGUCAACAGCAUGGCAAGUUGCCAUUGGCAAGGGGGCGCACUUUGUCUCGAAUAACGUUGAUGUUACACUUGGCAUUCUUUGCUCCUAUGAGAACCAGUGAAUGUACCAGUCCUACAUAGUAUGUAAUUUUGUACAUUGAACACUAUUAAGGUGAAUGAAGCUGUCACCACUCCAUUGUACAUACAAGUCAUGUCAGGUAUGACUGCUUUUCAGCUGCAACCCUUUGUUCAUCCACACCACUUCCACAUUCAGCUGUCGUCUGAUAGUCUACAAACAUCACAGUGAGUCAUUUGGAAUUCAUCUUGUCUUGUACUGUCAUGACCGUCCAGUACUGUGCGAACACAAUCGCAGCAGUGAUUGCUCGACGGGCCGUCAGUUAACAGAAGACCCAGAUCUGCACCGCACGCCUUGCAUUGGAUCCAAGAAGGUAUAGUACAUCCUUGCCUUAUAGAAAGGGGACUUUGUAAGAUAAAAAUACACCCCUUUCUCCUAUCUUCUGGCGCUCACUCUGCACCUGCCUUGAUGUCUGCAUUCCUCUAUCUGUAAGGUCAAACAAUCCCACCGUUGAGUGGUCAUACUGCAGCGCUCCAAGAGUUCCAGCUGCGAUCUAUUGCCUCGGUGCCAGAACUGAGACUGAGCAGCCACAUGCCUAGGCCUUGACCCUUGGGUCUUGGCAGAUCAAGGGGAUCUAUGGCUAUGAUGAGCGCUGCAGACCUAUGUCUAACCAUAGAUAUAGACCCCCCUGGGCAGAUUCCCCUCUGGCAGCAGUCUCAUGGGGGCCGCUCAGCCUGUGCACAUGAAACUCACAGAGAACUCAAAAAGAGUACAAGUGGAUUGGGGUUACUUCUACGCCCUCUACUGACUUUCAAUACUCGAUCUAAUUAUGCAAUUUGUUUCUCCUCUGUG